AUGAUUGAAGAAGAAGAUGUAAUUAAUACUUCAUAGUUCAAUAAAAUCAUAUAAAUUUCUUAUAUGGGUGGUAAAUUGUCAAAAUUAUAGCUAUAAUAAAUGAAUUUAGAGAAAAUUAUAAAUCAAUGUAUUAUCUUCAUAUAGGAUGGAGCUUCAUUUAGAGAAUGUACUAAUUAUUUACAUGGAUUGGCUAUGGUUUAUUUAAAAUAAUAUUAGCUUCUAAGAUAAGAAAUUCUUAGUCUACAGAAUUCUAUGAUGAAUAAAGAAAACUUCUUUGAAGUAGAAAAAAAAGAUGCGCGUUCAAAAAAUAAGUAAACAAAAUCAAGAUAAAACUAAUAAAAAGAAGCUAUCACUGAAUUACAAGAACAUUCUAAUAGUUCAAGAGACAAUCCAAGAAACAUAGCAAGUGCUGAACGUUUGUAAUUAGAUUCUUAGAAAACACCAUUUGAUAUUAAUCUAUAUUUAAGAAAGGAAGACUCAGAUAGUUCAAAUGGUUUUGGAACUGCCAACUUUAUUCUUAAAGAUGUUUAAUCUAUUGAAAAAUAAUCUUUAAAAGAAAUCUUAAAUAAUAGAAGAAAUUAAAAAGAAUUAUCCUAAGCCUCUUCAAAAGAAAUUCCAUUACAUCCUUAAAUUAUUAUAAAUGAUGCAGAUAAUGAAAUAUAAGAGGAAUAGUUUUAAUUUCAAAAUGAAUAUGAGAAUGAUGAAAUAAUGGAUACUAGGGUUGAAGUGAGACAUGGAAAUAUUAUGAAAGCUUUAGAAGAAUUUGGAAUUAGUUUUGAUUAAAAUUAAUAAGCAAUGAAUCAAACUAAAUUAACAGAUAAGAGUAAAAGAAAUACUAAAAAAUAAUAAACAACAUUAUCUAAAUAAUUAGAUCAUUAAGAUAAAGAUAGAGUACUUUAAGAAAAUUAUUAAAAAAAUUUAGAAGAAUUUAUAAAAUAUCAAGAUAAAAUGGAUGAUCUUUAAAUGAAAAUGGAUCUUAUGAAUCUUUAACCUGAAUUUUGGUCUAAAUAAGAUGAUUUAAUUCAUAUGAUUAAUCAAUAUGAAAUACCCCUUAAUUAAACUAUAAUUAAUAAGUAAAUCAUAAGAUUAUUUAUAUAGUAAAAAUUAGCCACUCUCUUCUUAUUCAAAAAUGUAAGGUAUGACAACAAUUGAGAACUCUAAUAAUUAAUUUUAAGAUAUCCAUAGUUUUGAUUAUUAAUAGGAAAUAUCUGAAUUUUAAUCUAUGGAUUCUAAUAGAAAUUCAAAAAGUAUAGAUAUCAAUAGCAAUGAAUAUCACUUAUAUAAGAGAUUAAUUUAAGAUUUAAGAAAUGAAUUUUCUAAAGAAAAUGUUAUUAGUUCAAUAAAUGUUAUAAUUUAUUUUAAUUAUCUUUUUAGUAUUUUAAGUUUAGAUAAGAAGAAAAUAAAGCAAAGAGCUUUUAUGAUUUAUUAUUGAUGAGUCGCCUUGGCUUAUGUUAAAUUAAAAAGGAACAGUAAGUUGGAAAAUAUACAAAUAUGUUAAUAGAAUUAUGA